CCAAGGUAGGUGAGCAGCACGCUCCCGCUCACUUCCUGGCUCCGGAGCAGCUCAGGCGCCCAGAACACAGACAGUGAUUCACCUGAGAGGAUGAAUCUUCAAGUCAUGAGUGUAACCAGCGCAUGAUUCUCCUUUAUGGUGUUGGUAAGGAACGUGAUGAAGCAAGGCAUCAGCUGAAGAAGAUUACCAAAGACAUCCUCAAAAUUCUGAAUAAGAAGAGUACUACCGAAAUGGGUGUUGGGGAUGAAGGGCAGAAAGCCAGGAAGACCAAACAAGAGGCAUUUCCAACCCUAGAGACUGUGUUCACAAAACUACAGCAGCUGUCCUAUUUUGAUCAACAUCAGGUGACAUCUCAGAUCUCCAGUAAUGUUCUCGAGCAGAUAACCAGUUUUGCCUCAGGAACAUCAUAUCAUCUUCCCUUGGCUCACCAUAUACAGCUCAUCUUUGAUCUCAUGGAGCCAGCACUGAAUAUCAAUGGACUUAUAGACUUCGCAAUACAGCUGUUGAAUGAGCUGAGUGUUGUGGAGGCAGAGCUGCUGCUGAAGUCAUCCAGCCUGGCAGGAAGCUACACUACAGGGCUGUGCGUCUGCAUUGUUGCUGUUUUGCGGCGUUACCAUGCCUGUCUCAUCCUCAACUCAGACCAAACUGCGCAAGUCUUCGAAGGGUUGUGCGGGGUGGUAAAGCAUGUUGUUAAUCCCUCAGAGUGCUCUUCCCCAGAGAGGUGUAUUCUGGCUUAUCUCUAUGAUCUGUACGUGUCCUGUAGUCACCUGAGAAGCAAGUUUGGAGACCUCUUCAGUAGUGCCUGUUCUAAGGUGAAGCAAACGAUAUACAGCAAUGUUCAGCCUUCAAAUUCCAAUUUACUGUGGGACCCAGAGUUCAUGCUAGAUUUUAUUGAGAAUCCUUCUGCUCACAGCAUUAACUACUCAAUGUUGGGCAAGGUCCUGAGUGAUAAUGCUGCCAACCGCUACAGCUUUGUCUGCAAUGCGCUAAUGAACGUGUGCAUGGGGCACCAAGAUGCAGGAAGGAUUAAUGACAUAGCAAACCUUUGCUCAGAGCUGACGGCAUGCUGCACGGUUCUUAGCUCAGAGUGGUUAGGGGUUGUAAAAGCUCUUUGCUGCUCUUCAAAUCACGUCUGGGGCUUCAAUGAUCUGCUGUGCAGUGUGGAUGUGAGUGACCUGUCAUUUCAUGAUUCCCUGGCCACUUUCAUUGCUAUACUGAUUGCCCGGCAGUGCUUUUCUCUGGAAGAUGUAGUUCAGCAUGUUGCACUGCCUUCUCUUCUUGCAGCUGCCUGUGGAGAUCCAGAUGCUGAGCCUGGGGCAAGGAUGACCUGCCGGCUGCUCCUGCACCUCUUCAGGACACCCCAGGUUUGCUUCUUUCCCCAGGGAACAGGCAAAUUAUUUCCUGGAAUUCGUUCUUCUUGUGACCGUCACCUCUUGGCUGCUGCUCACAACAGUAUAGAAGUGGGAGCUGUGUUUGCAGUCUUAAAAGCAAUUUUAAUGCUUGGUGAUGCUGAAAUUGGCAGCAACAAUGUCAACUCCUUGAAGAGUGAAGACUUCCAUAUGAGAGGCUUGUUAGAUGAACUCAAUGAGGAUGAAGUCUGGGGUUCUUCUCAUGCUUUGAAAGCAUGUGGAAAAGCUGUUUCCAUAGAAACUGCUAGUUUAAGCGAGUAUGCUAGAUAUGUACUAAGAACAAUUUGCCAACAGGAAUGGGUUGGAGAACACUGUUUAAAAGAACCUGAGAGGUUGUGCACAGACAAAGAUCUUAUUUUGGAUCCUGUUCUUUCAAACAAACAAGCUCAGAAACUACUUCAACUUAUCUGUUAUCCUCAUGGUAUUAAAGAAUGCACUGAGGGUGACAACCCUCAGAGGCAGCAUAUCAAGUGCAUACUUCAGAACUUAGAUCAGUGGACACUCCGGCAGUCUUGGUUGGAGCUGCAGCUAAUGAUCAAACAGUGCAUGAAGGAGCCUGGUUCUGGGUCUGUGGCUGAAAUGAACAGCUUGUUGGAUAAUAUUGCAAAGGCGACAAUAGAGGUGUUUCAGCAAUCCGCUGAUCUAAACAAUAACUCUUCUAACUCUGGUAUAGGCCUCUUCAAUCCAAACUCUGUUGGAAAUGCUGACACAAGUAAUACAAGACAGAAUGGUAAAAAGACAUUCCUAAGUUCCUCUGAACGGCGAGGAGUGUGGCUGGUGGCUCCCUUGAUUGCAAAACUGCCUACCUCAGUUCAAGGUAGGGUCUUGAAAGCUGCGGGAGAGGAGCUGGAGAAAGGUCAGCAUUUGGGGUCAUCUUCUAAGAAGGAGAGAGACAGACAGAAACAAAAAAGCAUGUCUCUCUUGAGUCAGCAACCUUUCCUUUCAUUGGUACUUACUUGCCUUAAGGGACAGGAUGAGCAACGGGAAGGGCUUCUAACAUCACUGCAAAAUCAAGUUAAUCAGAUCCUUAGUAACUGGAGGGAAGAACGAUACCAGGAUGAUGUUAAAGCUAGGCAAAUGAUGCAUGAAGCCCUACAACUUCGUCUUAAUUUGGUAGGUGGCAUGUUUGACACUGUGCAGAGGAGUACCCAGUGGACCACGGACUGGGCACUUCUGCUCCUCCAGAUAAUCACUUCAGGAACUGUUGAUUUGCAGACCAACAACGAACUGUUCACAACUGUGCUCGAUAUGCUGGGUGUCCUCAUCAACGGGACACUUGCCUCAGACUUGUCGAACGCUUCCCAAGGAGGGCCUGAGGAAAACAAAAGGGCUUACAUGAAUUUAGUGAAAAAAUUAAAAAAAGAGCUGGGAGACAAGCGGUCGGAAAGCAUUGACAAGGUUCGCCAGCUGCUCCCUUUACCGAAACAGACAUGUGAUAUUAUCACUUGUGAGCCAAUGGGAUCCUUGAUAGACACCAAGGGGAACAAAAUUGCAGGAUUUGACUCCAUUGAUAAGAAACAGGGUCUUCAGGUUUCAACAAAACAAAAGGUGUCCCCUUGGGAUUUAUUUGAAGGUCACAAAAAUCCUGCUCCUCUCUCCUGGGCAUGGUUUGGUACAGUUCGUGUCGACAGGAAAGUGAUAAAGUAUGAGGAGCAGCAGCAUCUCCUCCUGUACCACAUGCACAACAAACCCAAGCCACGAAGUUACUACCUCGAGCCUUUACCCCUUCCUCCAGAGGAGGAGGAGGAAGAAGAGCCUACCACACCUGUGUCUCAGGAACCAGAAAGAAAGUCAGGAGAGUUCUCUGAUCAGGGAAAACAUGCCAUGGAUGAUGAGAAGAAGGCAAAGAGCAGGAAGCGAAAGUCAAAGUCCAGCUCAAGGGCUGAUGAAUAUCCCCAGAACAACUUAUACAGAGUGCCUCCCACCUACUCCCCAGUCUCCUCUCAAGUGAUGCAUCCUUCGCAGCCUGCCUUGUGGGGUUACAGUAUCAUGGGCCAGCCACAGCAGCCGGGCUUCUUUGUGCAGAACCAGCCCCUCCCACCAGGUGGUUCCAGGCUGGAUCCGACAGGCUCCUUUGUUCCAACUAAUACGAAGCAAGCCCUGUCGAACAUGCUGCAGCGGCGCUCUGGCACCAUGAUGCAGCCCCCCUCUAUCCAUGCAAUCACGCCUCAGCAGCAGUUGCUCCAGAUGAAACUCCUGCAGCAAGAGCAGCAGCAGCAGCGGCUCCUCAGGCAGCAAGCACAGUCACGGUCUCUCCAACAGGGUCAGCAAAUGGACCAAGCUGCUAUUUUCUCUCCUCAAGUUCGACCCCCAUCUCAGCUUUCACAGUACCCAGGGUUACAGCACGCUCAGAGCAUGCCUCAUGGAUACACCAUGUACAGCACUCAGAUGCCUUUGCAGCAGCAGCCGUCUGGUGGUGUAGUGCUCUCCCCCAGCUACAACCCACGAACAUACUCAGCAGUGCAUUCCAGCCCCACUCUGAUGGAGAGGCUGCGGCAGAUGCAGCAGCAGCCCAGCGGAUAUAUCCAACAGCAGGCAGCUGCCUAUGUCCAGCCUUUGGCAGGCUCGCAGCGAUUGAGCCAUCAGCCUUUGCAGCCAAAUUCACUGGUUGGAGGGGGACUGGACAGUGCAAUGACCACAAGUCCUCAUCCAACCCUGAACUCAGUACAGCUGCCUCCGGAGCCAGUGAGACAGAGACAGCAGCAGAUGCGACAGCAGAGACUCUUUCAGUUGCAGCAGCAGCCAGGACAGCAGCAGGCACUUGGUCUCCAGCCCAUGCAACCACAGCAGCCUUUGUUUCCAAGGCAAGGCUUACAGCAGACACAGCAGCAACAACAGACAGCAGCGCUGGUCAGGCAGCUCCAGAAGCAGCUCUCCAGUAACCAGCCACAGCCAGGAGUGAACCAGUAUGGACACCCGUCACACUUCUGAGCUGGAGACGGGAGGGAGACAUAAGGCUAUGUUUGCACUGAAGAACAGAACAUUCAAAAAUCAAUGCACUAAUUAUUGCUAGAAAGCAGACUUUUGUUUUCUUCUCUUAUUAUUUCAAUAACUAUUUUUUGUGCUGCAGUUGAUGUGAAUAUGUAACAAGGUGGGUUUGGGGGUAGGGGAUUUUUUUGCAUUUAACUAGAUUUAAAUGUAUGAAUUUGUGGGCCUAUUUGAAGAAUGUUAUUGCAGAUUUUAUGAAUUUGGUGCUUUUUAGGUCCUAUUACUUUUAAGGUGGACAAAGAAUACUGGACUUGUUUGUGGGAAACACUUCUUUUUAUAUAUUCUUUGGUUUGGGUUUUUUGUUGCUUUUUUGGUUUUGUUUCCUUUUUUUUUAAAGAAAGAAGAACUGUACUGGACCAAACUACUGAACUGAAAGGCAUAGAAGUUAAUUUGUUCAUUAGAAUGCUCACCUCUUUCUUUGUUGGUAGAACAAGCAUCAAUUUAAAUUGUGUUCAUUUGACUGCAGUUUUCAUAUGCACUUUAUAAAGUUCUUUGUUUAAAGUACCAAUUUUCUCUUGCUCUUAUUGUGGUAAGAAGGUGCUGAAGUAGGUUUUAUUGCUUGUAUUAGAACUUCUUAAAGUUUAUAUUAAAAGCCACAGUGUAAUGUUAAUAAACCUACUAGAAGUA